AUUGUUCCUGGGCCGCUUGUUAUCAUGUUUUGGUCAUUACUUCAUUGAUUAGAGAGGUUUCAUUUGAUAACUCACCCAUAAUAUCCAGCUGUUGGAGGUCAGAAUUCAGCUGUGUAGCCAAUGAUGUAACUGUAAUGAUUGAAUUACAGCUUGUAAACCGUGUGUGUGUGUGUGUGUGUGUGUGUGUGUGUGUGUGUAGAUGGUACUGACUGAGCAGUGAUUCUGUGUGUGGGCUGAUUCAGGGUGCUGGUAAGUGUAGCUUCACGAUGGCCGAUGGAGGCAGCGACGACGACGUCAUCCACCUGGCGAGCUUCAACGUCCACCGCAGCCAAGGCUCGUGUUCCCGUCAGAGGGAGCUCAUCACUAUUUCUGAUGACUCGGACGAAGAGCCCGUGACUUUGGUACCUGGCAGUCCUGUUUUAGUCCCAGAUGAUGCGGAUGAUGACGAUAUCAGCAUACUGGAGCCACUAACUCCUGCACGCAGACAUGUGAUUCGUCCAGCAGCGAAGUGGAGCGGGGCCUCGCACAACCUCAUUCAAGUCGUAGGUGAAAGUAGCCUAACCUCUGGGAUUCCCUCAGGGGACCAUGGCUCUGCCCCCUCUACCUCCAGAGAUGCCAAGGCCACCAAGGCCACCCAACCAGCCAUACGAACACAGACAGUGCAGUCCAGCACAUCUGGACAGACACUGCCACAGCCUGGCCCUUCAUCACACACACUCUCUCAGCCAAGACUGAACACAAACUCACAGCAACAGGAAGGUACGUCAGCACAUACAAAUGUGGAGCUUCAUGCAGUUUCUUCUGUCCACACCCCAUCUACCUCCACCAAUGCCAAGGCUAAUGCCAUCUCAUCCAGACAGCUUGUGCAAGUACUUGUCCAACCUCAGCCCAGCACAUCUGGACUCCCACAGCCACAAGCCGGCUCGUCAGCACACUUAGCAGUGGAGCGCCAGGCGAGUACAUCUGCCAGCGCCACACAGCACACUUGUGUUGCUGCAGUGACUGUGUCAGGUUCAUCUAAGACUCAAGAAAAGGCUACGACAAGUAGUCUCACACAAGACAAUCCUCAGGCCAGUACUUCAUCUGCACAUGCCCAGUCUCACACACAGACGCAGCCUCAACCCGGUACAUCGUCACAGGUCCAGUUGACUGGAACCACGUCCCUGCAGCCCAACGUCACCCAGGAGAAGGCGGUGAAGAUAGUUGUUCUUCCACAGCAGCCUAGCAUCCAGGCCUCUGCUCUGGUAACACAGCCCCAGCUGCAGGUCGUCCCCCAGAACCUGCCGCAGCACAUUUCCCUUAAUCAAAUGCAGGGCAAUCUCAUUCAGAUUGAACCCCAACCCCUGGCCCAGGCUCCUGCCCAGCCCGCAGUCCAGCCCCCGGAAGCCCUUCAGGUCAUACCAGUGAUCCCCCCUGCAGUUCUAAUCGCUGCAGCCCCAGAGAGACUCGGUACUCCAGAGGCAGGGCACCGGAUCAUCCUGGGGAGCCAGCCGCCUGGGAACGCUGUUCCCAAUCCUCCACCACAGGCUGGUGGCCCCAGUGCGAUUCCACCACGCUGGAACCUCAACAUCAGGGUGCCUAAUGUGAACUCUAACCCUCCAGCUCCCGCCCCGCCAGCCUCCUACGGCGGAGGGGUGGCUCGCAUCAUUCUGGCCCCAAACCUAGAAAGGGUUAAUCCAGCCCCUGCUCUGGUCGCGGUCCCUCCUGCACCAGAGGACAUUCCCCGAAUAGAGGAUGCAAGACCUGGACCCUCUGUGCCACAAGGGAGACCAGAGCAGCAGCCUCACGUCAGAACCCUGAUCUCUGGUGUUUUGGAUCUACUCCCAGAUGUCCAGGAAGCCUAUGUAGCAGAACUGAUCCACCAGAAUAAUGUGAAAGACUUGAAUGUUAUCUGUAACCUGCUGUUAGAAAAUCCGAAGUAUCCGCGGAGGGAGACGGCAGCCGCCUCAGCAGCUCCCUCCAGCAUCCUGCUGGAGCCUGGAGACACCCAGACGGAGGUGACUGAGGACUUGUUCGAUUAUACCAAGCUGGGAACUGUGGGACCAGAAGUUGUGAUGCAGGCCGCCGACUUGCUCAUGGCAGAUUUCAGGAUGCUCAGCUGUCAGGAUAUCAAAUGGGCCCUUAAUGCCCUGAAGGGACACUAUGCAAUCACACGCAAGGCCUUAUGUGAAGCUCUGAAGAAGUGGCAGGAAUCAGGCGACCCAUCAGGAAAGAGAAGACGGAGCAGGACUUCAUCGGAGCGCUGCUACAUAGAUUUCCAUUUUGAGCAUGGUUCGCUGAAGUUUGAAAAAAGGAUGUAUUUCCUGGAGAACGACCGACGUUACUGCCGGACGUACAGCAAUCUGGAGGCAUCUGUGCAGAAGGAGCUGUCGUUCUACCAGCAGAAGGCCAAGGAAUGGGCAGAGCAUGAGGACUUUCUUCUGGCUCUGCAAGUCAAUGAGGAUGAAUAUAAGAAGGACGGUCAGCUGAUCGAGUGUGGCUGCUGCUACGGGGAGUUUGCGUUUGAGAAGAUGACACAGUGUUCGGACGGUCACCUGUUCUGCAAAGAGUGCCUGGUCAAAUACGCUCAGGAGGCAGUGUUCGGCUCUGGGAAGCUGGAGCUGAGCUGCAUGGAGGGCGGCUGCCCGUGCUCCUACCCUGUGUGUGAGCUGGAGAAGGUCCUACCAGAGAACAUACUGUGUAAAUACUACGAGAGGCAGGCGGAGGAGGCGGUCGCUGCCACCUGCGCUGACGAGCUAGUGAGAUGUCCAUUUUGCAACUUCCCCGCCUUGCUGGACAAAGACGUGUCUCUGUUCAGCUGCCCCAACCCGCGGUGCCGCAAGGAGAGCUGCAGAAAGUGCCACGUCCAGUGGAAGCAGCAUGUGGGGAAGACCUGCGAGCAGGUCCUGGAGAGGGACGAGAUCCGCAUGAGGGUGGUCUUUGAGGAGCGCAUGACGGCAGCUCGCGUCAGGAAGUGUGUCAAGUGUGGGACGGGCCUGGUCAAGUCGGAGGGCUGCAACCGGAUGUCGUGCCGCUGCGGCAGCUUCAUGUGCUACCUCUGCCGAGAGCCCAUCACCGGCUACAACCACUUCUGCCAGCACGCCCGCUCUCCUGGCGCGCCCUGCCGCCACUGCCGCAAGUGCUCCCUCUGGACGGAUCCCACGCAAGACGAUGAGCGAAUUAUCCAGGAGAUCCAGAAGGAAGGUGAAGCCGAGCUGAGCAAGAAGUGUGCAGAUAAUUCAGGGAAGAGGGUGGGCCCACUCCUGGAGCCUGUGACGGAUCCAAAGCGGCCACGUGUGGGUCCACCCCCAGAGAACCCCCCCAACCUGAACCCGGCGGCGCCUCCUCACCCUCAGGCGGUGCAAGCUCCCCUGUUCGUCCCCCCGCACCUGCCCCCCCCAAACAACAACAACAACAACAACAACCACCACAACCCUCCGUUCGACCCUCACCACCACAACAUGAACGUGAUGGACCUGCCCAUGCACUACGGCCCGCCGCACCGCUACUACAGACGCUUCUAACGGGACGCGUGCAGCGCCGCCGCUCCAUCCUCACGUGUUCGUUCACUACACGUCUUCAUUAAACGGUUUGGGAGGGGCGAGCUUUCUUCUGUGUGCAUUACCUUUCUCCUUUCAGUCUCCAUCUGUUUCCAUGUCAGCCACUCAGCAGCCGAUAAACACAUGAAAUGCGUUUGUAGAGAAACACAUCUGGACACUUUGCCUUCUCCUGCUGAACUCGGGGCUUCAGCGACGCGGCGGAUCUCCACGUUAGGACCCUUUUUCACACCCUGUUUGUACUGAGGUUGAACUGAUGGACGGCUGCGGAUCUUGAGACGAUUUAUUUCCAGUUUAUACAGAUAUUUUUGAGUACAUAAUAAAAACAAAACGAUUGUUAGCA